GCUGGGACUUUCCUCUCAGCCCAUGGGGAGAGCAGGAGAAAGUUGGAUUACAGGGAGAUGUUCGGCGGCGCAGCCACGGAGGAGGCAUGCGGGACCUGGCUGGUUUGUCCCCCCGCUCGGGUGUGGGCCUCCUCCUGCUGCUGUUGAUCCCGCCGGUUCUCCUCGCUCUGCAGCUCCUCGUCCUGGCCCGUCUGUGGGUGGAGGAGAGGGACGGAGGCGUCGCCUUCACCGUUAUCAGCAUCGAGCCGGAGAGGGGCUCAACAGGCCAGGCUGGGGGAGCCCGCUCUGGGAGACCAGGGAUGGAGGAGGAAGGAGCGCUGAUGAGGAACGUGGAGCGAGCGUAUGAGGAGGAGAACGAGCUGCACGAACGGCAGGUGGGACCCAGAGUGAUGGAGGUGCAGCGGUGGGCGGCGAACAAGCCGUCCUUCCCAGCAGAACUCAGUCGUAUCAUCACGUACAUCGCAAGGCCACAGCUGAACUGCCCCAGGGUUUUACCUCCAGGGAAAGCUCAGGCAGAGUCGCCCCCCGCGGCCCCAGCUCGCUGGCUGCUGUGUGCAGAGGAAUGGCUGCUUCCACCUCCAGAUAGACCCUGCGUUGCCUACUCCUUCAGUAUGGAUGGAGAAGACGCAGACUUUCUGAGCACCGUCUCCAGGCUCGGAUGUGAAAUCCACCGUUUUGAUCCCAGCACCUCCAAUGCAUCUGUUGGUCACCUUGGCAACAGUUUGGCCGGUAACCAAGGCAACAGGGGCGUCGUCAGCCAGCACAAAUUGUGGCUGGAAUGGCGAGCGCCAAGGAGGCGCGGGCACAGGAAGAGCGGCGGCCAGGGUGGGGUUUCUCACUCGCUGGCCGACAUCAUGGCGACGCUGGGCCACCGCACCGUUCAUUUUUUGUAUGCUGACCUGUUAAGCGCUGAGUGGCGGGUUUUUCAGAGCUGGAUCGAGGAGGGGACUGUGCAGAGCGUUCAUCAUCUGGUCGCCACUGUGCACCUUCACUGGGCAGGCUUCGAGGUGGGAGGCAGCGAUGAGGAGGUGCUCCGCUACUGGUUCAGUGUCCUUCGGGGCCUCGAGGCCUCCGGACUCCAAUUGGUUCACAGCUCGUCCGGAGAGGGUCACAGUGUCCUGAAGCACACCAUAGAAAGUGCUCGCAGCUCCUACACCCUCAGCUGGGCAAACACACGACACUGAUACUCGUCAUAUGCUGUUGAGGAAGAAAACAAACGACACUAAAGAUUUGCUCAAAAUGAGGCAGCUUUGUGGAAUAGAAAAAGCCACAAACAUAUCCGCUGAACAUCGCCCUCUAGUGGACACUAAAGGGUUUACAUGUUACAACUUGAAAGGGAAAUAGAAAUGUGGACAACACUGACAAAACUGCCAUAUAUGGCUGAAAAAGAAACUGUUGCUGGUGUACUUUGUUCAGACUCGUAAUGUUUUUGGUUUCCCUUUUUGUAUGGCAUCCUGAGAUAACUUUGGUUUUGAGUUUGAGAUAUGUAAAUAAACUGAAAUGAUUGUGCUUUAUUUAAAUUAAUUUUUAGACUUUUUUGUGGGAAAAAUCUGAGAUCUUUAAAAAAACAUUUUUCAUCAAGUAUAACUCAGUAUAUAGUAUACUGUAUGUUGCUGUACAUCUGUGAAAGUGCACGUUUUUAAAGUGAAAAGGCAAAGUUUUGUUGAGAAUCUUUGUACCUACUUUUGUUUUUCCCUUCCUUUCAAUGAAGACGUAAUCUUAACCAUAAAAUAAGUUGUUUUUACCACAUCCUUUCUAUAUCAUAAUAUAAUAAGCUGGCCUGUUUCAAAAUGUUUUGUUAAAACACAUUGCCUUCCAAAACCAUCCACAUCCUUUUAAACUUGCUCACCUUUUUCCUUGUGACAACCACAUAUUUCAAUGAAAUGUAUGUGAUAGCCAACACGAACUAAACGUAAACUUGUCAAGUGAAAUGAUCCCUUUUCUCCCUCACGAAUAAAACACUGAAAACCAG